AUGCGCAUCCGAUACCCUUUCGCAGGUGCCUUCGUCGUGCUGCUCUUCUUAGCCGGGUACAUCGGUCUUCUCCCACACAGCGCAUCUUCAUCAAUACCGAGCCAGCUUCAGCCAAAUGACAAAUUCCUCCACCUCGUUAUCUUCUUCCUGCUCACAGUUCCCUUUUAUUGGAUCUUGGACACCACGCGUCGUCGCACGUUACACGUGACCCUUUUAGUCUGCACAUUAGGGCUGGGUGUUGGCUCGGAGGUCGUGCAGGGCUCCCUUCCAAAUGGUCGUGACUUCGACCUAUACGAUAUCCUUGCCAAUGUUGUCGGCAGUCUAAGUGCCGUCGGUCUUUGCGGCUGGUAUCACCGGCGCAUGAUGGAACGUCGCCGGCAAAGUCGGUAUGGCUUAAUGGAGGAAGGCACGGAGGAUGUCGAGCUUGGCGGUGUCGCCGGUAGCUCCCGUCGUGACUCGCAGGUGAUGGGCCCGCAGGAAUCCGGUGUGAUGACUCUCGAGCACGAGGUCGACAAUUGGGAUGAAAACGCAGUGGACAAUUGGGAUACGGAAGAAACACCGACUCCCGAGCGAGAAACUGCUCCUCCUACGUACCAUGAGGCUGGUGGUCAGCCUGCUGCAAUUCCUGCUGCGGCUAAGCGCAAGGAUUGA